GUAAUAUGGAAGGAGUUCUGUAGCAGUACGCAGGAGGUGAUGCAAUCGGCAGAGUUCAUUGAGCAGAAGGCGAACGAUCUCAUCGCAUGCCGGCAAGCACAGUACAAUGUUCGUGUUCAUAUACUCCUAAUAAAGACACUGGAACGAUUGGCCGAUGAAAUUGCAAACAAGCCUGAGAAGUUGGACUCGUUCUGGUUGCGUGCUUUUACGGACACGAUUGCUGAUGCGGUGAUAUGGUACAACAGGGCAAAUAAUAUCGAUGGGAAGGUAGCCGAAGCAUAUUCUGCGUGCUUGAAUUGUGCCGGGCGGUAUGCAGAGGAGUGGCUCGUGCAGGACUUGAAAAGUGAUUGCUGUUAUACCGGGCAACUUCUUGGCAUUAUUACCCUUAAUAAUAGCAUCGAUUCGGCCGUUAGUCGCGUGAUGACUGAAGUGAUAAAUGAAAGAAUUGCAAAACCGAAGGGCAAUUUGGGCGAUUUUCUUGAUGACGUCUAUGCAACUGUGCAGAAGGUUGAGCCUUACUGCAUUCGUUGCUUGUGUGCUCUAGCUAGAACUGAGCCAAAACAGAGCCGUUUUUCCGGCAUCCUCAAAUUUUCCAUUCAACAAAUUUACACAGAAAAGAAAAGUUAUAUAUUUUUUAUACAAAUAUGCGCAAGUUACUGUCUGAUUUUGCAGCUUCGUGAAGAAUGGUUGCAGAAAUUGAUCGAGUCGGGUGUGCCUACUGCAAGAAUUUCACCGUUUUUGGACAAAUGCCUUCUUACGUUCACCAUUUCGAUACUAGAUCAGCGCAAUAGCAUACGUGGCUGCUCGUUAAUACCUUGGGAAUUAUUUGUUCUCGCUCUGGCAUGGUUUUCAAAUACUGGCUCAUUUCAGCACUUCAGUCCGGUCGUGGUUCCAAGCGAUAAUCGCCUUUUCCAUCGCUGCUACAAAACAACCUGCGAUUUCAUCAUGAAUUGGCCAGAUGCGGCUAGUUCAAGGACUGUUUUGCGAAUGAUCCGUGACAAAUUCAGUUUGGUGGUCUAUUUCAAAUUGGAAACGCAGCAUUUUCUGUCUGAGCUCAAGGAACAGCUGCUCAGUCCUUCCAGCAUGAAGAUGGUUGCGAAUGAGAAAACUGAUAGAUGGGGAGAAAAAAUUUUUUUUGAAUGUUCGAAGACAGUGAUCGAUGCGCUGGAGAGGGUUUGGUCCGAGGAAGUGUACCUACCAUCACUCAUCGACAAGUCCUGGGAUUUCACGCUCGAAGUGCUCUUUAAAUAUGUGCAGUGGAUUGAUGCCAUUAAGAAGUACUACCGGACUGAAAAACGGGUACCCGAAGGACUUGAGACUUGGCGCUUUUUCUGUGCGCUGUGCACCGACUGCGCUACCGUGGAUGCACGGGCUUUUGGAAUUGCACUGUCGCCAAUUUGGAGUAAAAUCCGCGAGUUCGAG